AUGGAGCAAUCGCCUUCAGCUGGUCCCGUACAAAUAGUAUCUAUAACUGUAGAUCACAAGUUUGUACUCGAUGAAAAGAAAUUAAAACAAAUUUUAUUCCACAAACGAGCAUUAGGAAAAAAAAUUUCACUUGUAUCAAUUGCAGGAGAUUUUCGUAAAGGAAAAUCAUUUAUGUUGGAUUUUUUUCUUCGUUAUUUACGAGCAAAAGAUCACACAGAUUGGAUUGGAAGAGAAGAUGAACCUUUGAAAGGUUUUGAUUGGCGUGGCGGUGCUACGCGACACACAACAGGAAUGAUUAUGUGGAGUGAACCGUUUCUUUUAUCAUUGCCCAAUGGAGAAGAAAUCGCAGUCUUUCUUAUGGAUACUCAAGGAACAUUUGAUUCGAAUUCAACUGUAUUCGAAAAUGCAUUUAUAUUUGCAUUGACAUUACUUGUUAGUAGUGUCACUGUGUAUAACAUAAUGCAUAAUUUACAAGAAGAUAAUUUACAGCAUCUAUCAUUUUUUGCUGAAUAUGGUGUUUUAGCUAUUGAUGCCUAUCAUACUUCACCGUUUCAGCAAUUAACAUUUCUUGUACGUGAUUGGCAAUUUGAAUAUGAAACACCGUAUGGUUUUGAUGGUGGCGAAGAAGUUCUAUCCGAUCGUUUAAGAAUUCGAGAAAAUCAACAUCAUGAUCUUGCAUUAGUUCGUUCACGAUUGAAACAAUGUUUUCGUAAAGUUAAUUGUUUUCUUAUGCCACAUCCUGGUCUCAAAGUUACAAAUCGACGAGAUUUCGAUGGUCGAUUAUUAGAUAUUGAACAAGAUUUUAAAAGACAAUUAUUAACACUUGUACCGGAACUUUUCAAUAUGGAAAACGAAAAUUUCCUAAAAGAAAUUAAUGGAGAAAUGAUUACGUCGGCUGAUCUAUUUGAAUACUUUAAAUCAUACUGUGCUGUAUUUGCCUCAGGAGAAUUACCAACACCGAAAGCUAUGCUUGAAGCAACUGCUGAAGCUAAUAAUUUAGCUGCUAAAUCAGCAUCAAAAGAAUUUUAUAUUCGUGCGAUGGAACAGCAUUGCGGUGGUGACCGACCAUAUAUUCAUCCGAAUCAGUUAGAAGCACUUCACAAAGAAGCUGAUCGACAAGCAAUAGAAAAAUUCCGUUGCGUACGCAAAAUGGGUGGCGAAGAAGUGUCGAUGACCUAUCAAAAAAAUUUAGAAGAUGAAAUUAUCGAACUUUAUUCAAACUAUAAAAAACAUAAUGACUCGAAAAACGUUUUCGCAUUUAGUCGUACACCGACAACAUUUAUAUCGUCGAUGAUUUUAUGUUAUUUCGUAGCGGGUAUACUCGACACAAUUUGGCUUGGUGGCAUUAAUUUCAUAUUUAUGUUUGCGUUUUGGGUCUGUUUUUUUCUAUUAUUCGUAUGGUUAUAUACAAAAUAUUCAGGAGAAUAUGCCGAUAUCGGUCAAUAUAUAGAUUAUUUUGCAGAUGUUAUUUGGAAUAAUGCGUUCCAACCAGCCUAUUCAACAUGUUUACAAUCUGCAAUGCGUUCCGUACUCGGACAUGCAAAAACUAAUUGA